UUUCGUUUGCGUCUGGUCUCGUCUGGUUGUCUGAUUGGACAAUUCGGCGACUACAGAAUAUCUAUAGAAACCGUGUGCAGUGUUGUUAAAAAAAACAUAGCAAAGCAAAGAUGAAAGUCACUUUGGCGUUAGCGACUUUCUGCGUGGUGGCUGCCUGCGCCAAUGCGGCCAGAACCACAACCACCACAGCGACCAAGCCGGGUCGCUUCCUCUCACUGCCCGUGCCCGCCAAGUGCGCCAGCCGCCCCAAGGAGUUCUCCUAUCGCGGCAAAAACAUGUUCCUAACCACCCACGUGCCCGCUCUGGCCAACAAGAAGGUCGACUGGCUGGAUGGCCGUAACCUGUGCCGCGAAUACUGCAUGGAUCUGGUCGCUCUGGAGACCCAAGAGAAGAACAAUCUAAUCUUCCGUGUGAUCCAGCAGAAUGAUGUGCCCUAUAUCUGGACAGCUGGCCGUAUCUGUGACUUUGCCGGCUGCGAGAAUCGUCCGGAUCUGGAGCCCAAGCAUGUCUAUGGAUGGUUCUGGUCUGCAACUCGCGAGAAGAUCCAGGCCACCAACCGCAUUCCACAGGGAUGGGGCUACAACCCCUGGUCUCAGACCGGACACAAGAAGCGCCCGCAGCCGGAUAACGCUGAGUAUGACAUCAACCAGACCAAGGAGCAGUGUCUGUCCGUGCUGAACAAUGUGUACAACGAUGGCAUCGCCUGGCAUGACGUGGCCUGCUAUCACGAGAAGCCCGUCAUCUGCGAGGAUAACGAGGAGCUGCUGCGCUAUGUGGCUGCCACGAAUCCCGGCAUCCGUCUAUAAGCGGUUCGCGAUGUUUGCCUAAUUUUAAAGCUACUUAUUAUAAUAUUCCUUAAACACACACGAGUUUUUGUAUCAUUUUUGUUUGUAUGAUGAUGUACGACGUACGAAAACGGAAGAAAGCAAGACAAAUAGACUUUAGAAUUUACAAUUCCCGAUCUUACCA